AUGAUUAUCAUGGAAGAUAACCGUUCAAUGACAUUCCACUGUUCGGAAUUGUCUUCUUCAUUGUUUCAUAAAUUAUACGAACAAAAACGAACCAAUAGAUUUUGCGAUGUAACCCUCUAUGUAAAUAACAAAAUCCUGAAAGCUCACCGUAAUGUACUAGCCUGUAGUUCGCCCUAUUUUGAUUCCAUUUUGAAACAUCAUAAAGUAGUCAAAGAGCAGCUUACUGUUAAUUGUCUAGAUAGUGAUAUAUUUAAUAAUGUAUUAAGCUUUAUGUAUACUGGAGAAAUUACUGUAAAACACUCCAAUGUAGAGGAACUAUUAAAACUCGCUGAUCAUUUUAUACUUACUAAAGUUAUAGAAUAUUGUAUAGAAUUCCUAGGGACUAAAUUAAAUUUAGAUAAUUGUCUGUUCACUUACUUUUUGACUCAGAGGUUUAAAUUGAAGCAUUUAGGAAAUAUUGUAGAAAAUUGGAUAGCUAGUCAUAUUGAUAAUGUUUGUGAUGGGGAUGAAAUUGGAAGGCUGAGCUCUAAGGAACUACAGGACUUUUUCAGAAAUAAGAAUUUCAUACUAACCACCCAAAAAGCCCUAAUACUCCUCUCAAAAUGGAUUCUAUUAGACAUGGAAAAAAGGGAAAAAUAUUUUGAAAAACUCGUUAGGUGCUUCUAUACUAACAACUUGGAACCAGUCGAGGUUUUCAAGCAUUUAGAUACAUGUAUUUUGUAUAGUAAAAGUGAAAUUUGCUUGUUUAGGUUUUUAGAUUAUUUGGCACAGAAUAGCUGGACUCUAUCAAGCUUUAAGACCAGAUAUGAAGUUUUACAAGCAAAAUAUGGACAGAUGAUACUUGGCGAUUCAAAGAGCCAGGACCAAGAGAACAUGAGGCCAGAAAAAAUUAUUGUGACUGAAAAAACUGAUAAUAACUCAGUGCAAAACGUGUUGAAUUCAGUAAAAGUCAAAGCUCGAAUAAAAGAUCAAAAAAGACUGAUUUUAAAGAAACUUAUGCUGUUUGGUUUGAAGCCAAGUUUAAGGAUGGCGGCAUUGAAAAUGUUAACUUGUAGGAAGCAACGAAUUUCGCUUAGUGAAAAUGACAAGGAGGAAGCUGAUGCUGUAGUGGAAGACAAUGACGAAAAAGUCGGCAUCAAGUGUCCUAUUUGUUUCGCUACAAUAAAUGAUAGCUUACUACUUGAACAGCACUUAGCCUUAAGCCAUGCGAAAGAUGUGACAUAUAAGUGUGGCAUUUGCUCAUUUGUUUGUCAGUAUCAUGGAGAUUAUUUGAAUCAUAUGAAAACUCACUUUAACGGACCUCCUUUCAAGUGCGAUUAUUGCGAAUACAAUACCGAUCAGAUUUCAAAACUCAUUACUCAUAGGGCUCAGCAUUUGGAUGAAUCAAUCUAUCAAUGCACGUUUUGUUCUUUCAAGUGUCGACAGAAGCAAAAUUAUGUUUCCCAUAUGAAAAUUCACACACCAGAAAAAACUUACAAGUGUGAACAUUGUUCAAAAUCCUUUAGAUUCAAACAAAACCUAGAAGCGCACCUUCUAACCCAUUCCAGCGAAAAAAAUUUAACUUGUGACUCAUGCGGAUUUCAUACUAAAUUUUUGAGUCACAUGGUAGCUCAUAAAAGAAUUCAUACAGGAGAAGUAUUCAGAUGCUCUUACCCACACUGUAAAUAUUCCACUUCUAAAAAGAGCCAGCUUGCAAUACAUUCAAAAACGCAUAAUAGUGGCAGUAAUGCUGGAGGUGCCCGACCUCAUGCAUGUUCUGUAUGUGGGAGAGGAUUUAUGGAAAAGUCACAUCUUGUCAGACAUGAGAGGAUACAUUUGGAAGAAAAGCCUUUCAAAUGUUCCAGUUGUGACUAUGCAAGUUCCAGAAGAGACAAACUCAAAGAACAUUUCACAAGGCAUCAUGGAGAAAAUGCGUCAGCCAAAGUUCCUUAUAAAGCUAGGCCUUUAAGGAAUGGAACAACUUCUAGUUCUAGUUCAUCGUCAAGGCCGAAAAGCCAGGCCUCUCAAGAAAAUUCUCCAGCCGUAACAUCUAGUUCAACAACCAAUAAUGGCAAUGCAGUCAAUUUCACACAGACCAAUAGCACCACAACUAGUUCUAGUAAUGUGAGUCAGUCAAUGGCCGGUCCAGAAAUUCAGGAGUUAAUUAUGCAUCAUCAGAAUCAUAGCGGAACACCUGCAGCGAUAAACCCAUCAACCUAUUCGCAUCAUUUUGCUGACCAUGCUGCCGAUUUUCAUCAUGCCCACACCCACGCUCACAACAUUCACAAUCAACUCUUGGCGACGUCGGCAGCAGCAGCUGUUGUGAGUCACACUCAGCGCUCCGCUGCUAGUGCAACUCAUAACAAUAGCCACGUGAUGUUGGGGAGGACCAAUCAUUCAACGGCCACAUCCACAGCCGCUGCUGUGGCUGCCGCUAUGAUGCUAGAUCCUAGAUUUCAUCAUAAUACUACUGUGCCAUAUCAUCCUUCAACCACACCAGUUUCCAUGGCGAUGGCAGCAGUUCAAUCUUCCCAGCAAAUUCAAGCUUCAGGACAAGGAACCGCUGAGUAUCCUCCUACAUUGCAAAAUUGUAUGACACUUUUUUAA